AUGAGAAAGCGGCCUAUUGUACAAAAACUGGAGGAAACUAACUCCUCAGAAGUAGAACAAGCAGCAGAGGUAUGCAGAUCAGCUUGUUUUUCUCUCUGGGAUUCGUUCCUGGCUGUGGAUCACCGCAUGACCUGCCACCUGGCUGUCUGUGCCACCAAAGAGUCCACCUGGGGCAACCUGCGGCCCCUGAUGAAGAUCCUGGAGAUAAGCUGUCAUGGCGUGCCCUGGAUUGCUGGGGCUGUACUGCUGUUUUUGUUUUCGCACAAGUCGGAGGACAUUGAGGUGUCUGUGAAUUUGUUCUUUGCUCUGAUCUUUGACCUAAUUAUUGUUGGGCUGCUGAAGAUGACAUUUCGCCGAGGAAGACCCAGCCACAACAUCAUGGACAUUUUCAUAGCACCUUCUGUUGACAAGUUUUCCUUUCCGUCAGGACAUGCCACGCGGGCAGUCAUGAUGACCUUGUUUCUGUGCCAACACAUGAUCACAAAUAAACUGUACAUGGCCGCCGUCGUUAUCUGGGCCGUUAGUGUGUGCAUGUCCAGGAUUCUCCUCGGUCGCCAUCAUAUAUUCGAUGUAGUGUGCGGCAUUUGUGUGGGAGUUAUUGCUUACUUUGCCUAUUUAAAUAUCUGGGUUUCUAAAGACGUCUGCUUGUCCUACUUGGACUCGUAUUUUGGGUACAUACACGUGUAA